AUGCACCCACAUGUCAGUAAAGCUCUGGGGCUUGUUGCCACAAGCUCCCUGGUCGCUGCCGGGCCCUGUGACAUUUAUUCCUCUGGCGGUACACCUUGUGUUGCUGCCCACAGCACCACUCGUGCCCUAUACAGCGCUUAUACUGGGCCGCUGUACCAGGUGAAGCGAGGAUCUGAUGGCGCUACAAACGCCAUAUCACCACUUUCGAGUGGCGUUGCCAAUGCUGCCGCCCAAGACUCUUUCUGUGCUGGCACAACCUGCCUUAUUACAAUUAUAUACGACCAGUCGGGCCGUGGAAACCACCUUACCCAGGCCCCUCCUGGUGGCUUCAAUGGCCCAGAGUCCAAUGGCUACGAUAAUCUCGCCAGCGCAAUUGGCGCGCCAGUGACGCUGAAUGGUCAGAAAGCUUACGGAGUCUUCAUCUCCCCAGGCACUGGCUAUCGCAAUAACGCCGUCAGUGGCACGGCUCGAGGUGACGCGGCAGAAGGCAUGUACGCAGUUCUCGACGGAACCCACUACAACGGUGCCUGCUGCUUUGACUAUGGCAAUGCCGAGACAAACAGUCGUGAUACGGGCAAUGGCCACAUGGAAGCCAUUUAUUAUGGUGACAUCACCGUCUGGGGCACCGGAUCUGGCAAUGGUCCUUGGAUAAUGGCCGAUCUUGAGAACGGCCUGUUCUCCGGAUCUAGUGCCCACAACAACGCCGGAGACCCGUCAAUCUCUUACCGAUUCGUCACUGCUGCUAUCAAGGGACAGCCAAAUCAAUGGGCGAUCCGCGGCGGUAACUCUGCAUCCGGCUCGCUGUCAACCUUUUACAACGGCGCUCGCCCAUCGGUAUCCGGCUACAACCCAAUGAGCAAAGAAGGUGCCAUCAUUCUCGGCAUCGGCGGCGAUAAUAGUAAUGGUGCUCAGGGUACCUUUUAUGAGGGAGUCAUGACCUCUGGUUAUCCUUCUGAUGCGACUGAGAACUCGGUGCAAGCCAACAUUGUAGCCGCCAAAUACGCCGUCGCAUCCCUGACUAGUGGACCAGCGCUCACUGCGGGUUCUUCAGUCUCGCUACGCGCAACCACAGCCUGCUGUACUACACGAUAUAUUACCCAUACUGGUUCUACAGUCAAUACCCAGGUCGUUUCAUCAUCUAGCGCUGCCGCUCUCAAACAGCAGGCCAGCUGGACAGUUCGAGCUGGCUUGGGCAAUAGCGGCUGCUUCUCAUUUGAGUCUAGGGACACCCCCGGCAGCUAUAUCCGACACAAUAACUUUGCACUCUUGCUCAAUGCCAAUGAUGGUAGCAAACAGUUUGCUGAAGACGCAACGUUUUGCCCACAGGCCGGCCUCAACGGCCAGGGUAGCUCAAUUCGAGCUUGGGGAUACCCAACCCGUUAUUUUCGGCAUUACGAUAACGUUCUUUACAUUGCGAGCAAUGGCGGUGUUCACACAUUCGACGCUACCGGCUCGUUCAAUGAUGACGUGAGUUUUGUAAUUAGUUCCAGCUUUGCUUAA